AUGGUCAUGGACACCACUGACCCGGGCUACUGGCUCAACUGGAGGUUCAUGCUCUGCGCGACCUGGGUCUACUCCUGUAUGGCCCUGGCGUUCUACUUGAUCUGGAAGUACGAGGGGCCAAGUUCGCCGGCCGGCAACGACGAGGGGGGCGACAGAGAGGAGGCUCGGCCCAGGAUCGGACCCGGAGUUGUGUAUCUUGAGGACUGCUGGAAGCCGUGCCUUGAGGAGAUCCAUCCCGCUUGGCUGCUGGCUUUUCGCCUUGUGUCGUUCUUGUUCAUGGCUUCGGUGCUUGUCUCUGAUGUUAUUGUCGAUGGAUGGACCGUCUUCCUUUACUACACUCAGUGGACCUUCUUGCUUGUCACCUUGUACUUUGGGCUUGGUUCGGUGCUUUCUUUCUAUGGAUGUUAUCAGUACGCGUGCAAGACGGCUAAAUCUGAUGGAGAUCAUGGCUCUUAUAUCAUUGCUCCAACGGGGGAAAGUACAUACGACGAUUCCAUCAAAAGUUCUUGUUUCAAUAGAACACAUAAUGGCCGGGAAAUUGCAGGAUUUUGGGGUUAUCUGUUCCAGAUUAUGUUUCAGACAAAUGCAGGUGCUGUGAUGCUUACGGAUAUGGUGUUUUGGUUCAUUCUCUACCCUUUUCUUGCCCGGAAUCAGUAUCAAAUGAAUUUUUUGCUGAUUGGAACACAUUCACUCAAUGCUCUCUUCAUAAUCGGUGAUACUGCUUUGAAUAGCCUGCGUUUUCCAUGGUUUAGAAUAUCAUAUUUCAUGCUCUGGACAGGACUUUUUGUCAGUGUUCAGUGGAUCAUCCAUGCUAAUGUGUCGAUUUGGUGGCCUUACCCAUUCCUAGACUUGACAUACCCUCGAGCACCUGUCUGGUACUUGGUGGUGGCACUGCUUCACUUCCCUUGUUAUGGCCUCUUCGCCCUAGUCCUGAGGAUCAAGAGAUCUCUCCUGGAAAGCUGGUUCCCACAUAGUUACACAUACGUGAAGUAG